AUGAAAAGAAAAAGAGGAGAAGAACAAGUAAAGGUGAAUUGCGGUGUGGAUAGACUGAGCUGUUUACCCUAUGAUAUUCUGGGUCGAAUACUCUCUUUUCUUGAUACCAAAUCCGCCAUUAGGACCUCUCUUCUGUCCACACAAUAUCGACAUGCUUGGGCUUCAUCAACAACUCUUCACUUCAAUUUGGCUAGUUCAAAAUAUUCACAUGCCAUUAGUCGUUCUUUCGAGACAAACGUUAGCCAUGUCUUGCAGCGCAGAAAAGACUAUAAGAACCUCGAGAGUUUUCGCCUUUCAUUGCAUAUAGGGGUGACCUCAAUAUUCAUCGAGGAAUGCAUCCAUUACGCCGUCCAACGCAAUAUCCAUCAUCUCAGAAUCCGAGCAAACACCAAAGACCAUAGGCCUGCUACAUUGCCCAAGUUGUUGCUUACUUCAUCGUCCUUGAUAACUUUGCACCUGAAUGAUGCUCGUAGAGACAGCAUAGAGUUGCCCACAUCUGUUGUUUUGCCCAACUUGAAGAUUUUGCACCUCAAGAAUUUUGAAUUCUCAGCCAAAAACUAUAAUGGGGAGGUUUUUACAGGGUGCCCGAAUCUUGAGGAGUUGGUAUUGGUUAAGUGUUUGAUUAGGUGUGGGGACGAACUCAAGGUUUUGGAUGUCAAUUGCUUGAAUCUAAAGAAGUUGGAGAUUAGGUAUUGGAGGAGUCCAUGGGAAGACAUGAUCGGUGUGAAUGCUCCUAACCUAGAGUUUUUUAAGUUGCAGGGUUCUAUUACAAGAAUAGAUUUCAGGACAGAUAUGCCGUGUUUGUAUAGAGCAUGUAUAGAGUUAAGUGUUCCAGUAGGUGAAAAAAUGAUGACAACUUCUGAAACUUUAUUCAGCAUGCUUCAUCAGAUGCACCAUGUUAAUGUCCUCAAAAUAUCACCCCAAACAAUGAAGGUAAUAGAUGCGUUUCCUGAAUUACGAGAUGAGAAAAUGCCCGGAUUUGAGAUUCUGAAGAUUGUCAAUUGCAAAGAAGAUAUCCCUAUGUAUGAACUUAAAGAUGCAUUGGCCUUCACUUUUCCUCACAAGGAGGGUUCUGGACCCUAGAUUUCGAGCCAUACGGUAGAAAUCCCUCUCUCACUCAACAAUCUUGUAGCUAUACAUAACCAGAUGGUAGAGUGAGGAAAUUCUGCACUUAAUGAAACUAUUUGAGGGGAAUGAUAUUUAUUGUUCCCAAUUCAUGGUGCCGUAUUAUUAUUAUUAUGAUGUGAACAAGUUCUGUAAUACAAGUUCUAGUACUAGUUUCUGUUUUUUCAAUAACCUCACAAUUGACUUGUGACAUAAAUAAA